CGAACGAAACUUUAUAAGUAUGCCGCACAUUUUUGUGUUAAGUCUUUCGUUCGAGGUUUUCCUUGCGGUCACAUAAUGGAAUUACGUGUGUUCUGGCUUUUCGUGACGUACUAUCUAAGUUGCAUUCUAUGCAGAAAUGCAAUCGGUGGAUCAACAAUCGCUAAAGUUUCCCUAUCGAUUAAUAACGCUUUCCAACCAGAUGCGAGAAUGUCUGAGGUAGGCAAUGCACGAAUCGAGGAAUCAAUCCAGACGGAAAUGAGACCAGAUGGAAUUACUUUGAAGGAUGAUACGCCUAAGUCUGAAACUCUACGAGAAUCUCCGUUUGUGAAGGAUCUAUCAACGAGGACAAAUACGAGAAUCUUAAGCAAUUUCAAAAAAGCAAAAUGUUCUAGGUACUGUAUACAACAAUUGGGAGUUAACAAAGGUUUUGAGGAUAUUAAUCUUAUUUUGUCAUUUGCUGAUCAGAACGGAGAGAGAGAAGAUUAUUUUUCAUUAGAAAAUAAUCCAAACAUGAGAAUAUUAAGACAUAUUUCUAUGGAUAAUAAAAAUUCAACAAUGUUAGACUACUGCCAAAUCUAUCUUAAUUUGAACUGUGGCGUCAUAAAUAUGGGACGAAAUUUGGUUACCCAAAACGACGAAUUUUAUUGGAAUCAGAAAUUUAAUCAACAAAAUAUUGAGAUUAAAAAUUAUUUCUCAAAUACUCCAGAAUUAUCGAAGACAUUAAUGCGCAGGACUAAUUUGCGCGGAUACACUGAAACUAAUUUUGAAACUGAUGCUAAUGUAACUGGAGUUGCAAUUAAUAUUUUUGGAAAUCUUACGCGAGCAGCUCUAGUAAUACCUACAGGCAGAAUGGUAGAGAGACCAGGAGUAGUGAUGUCAUUGGCAAGUACAUACAACACGAAAGGGGUGGCUGUCGGCGCGCGCAACCUACCGGGUAGGUGGUACGUGAAGCUAACGGGAGUGGAAAAUUCAAAGUACGACUUCGAUGUGAUUGCUUACUAUGCAGCAAAUAAGGAAGAUAGUAUAAGAGACGAUAUUACUGACACUGACUUCACGAAUGAUGAAAAACGUAUCACGCAAAACAAGCCAACAACCAUAAUUAAUAAAGCUAAGCUUAAUGAAUUAGAACAAAAUACUCGCAAGAACACUGACAAUAGCACACUUUUAAUGAAUCCUACAAUAAAUAGAAAGCGAAAGUUCGUAUUUGAAAGAUCAGCAGAAAUUAUGGAUUCAAGAAAAGGCAGUGACGAGACAAUGACAGAUGGUUUUUCCGGUAUAUCAGUCUCCUCGCGUGAUUCUACUGCAACAAUUGAUAAAAAAAUUAUCAAUUUUGCCCUAUAUAACAAUUCCUUCAUGAGUUAUGGUGAAUUUAAAAUUUUACCAAAUGCAUCCAAUAUCAAAAGGGAUCAAAGAUUGAGCAUCAGGCCUAAGGACCAGAAAAUUCAAGCACGAUCAUCAGAAGUAUCUUCAUUAAUUGAAGAUGUCGAUACGAAGAUAAAAUCAUCCAUAAGUGAGACUGUACGAAUGCAAAUGGCGGAUAGUGAUCAAAGUCAAAAAUUUUCAACGCAAAUUUACAACGCAAAUGAGGAACCUUUUGAAAGAAGGAAGAUACUGUUAGAUUUGAAUGCUAACAGUAAACUGAUUGCCGCGCCAGGAUCAACACACAGAAUCAUUUUUGAUGCGACAAAUAAUUGCGUACUUCCAGUCAGAUACGUGAUUCAAGCGAGAAGUUCGCCAUUCAGAAUUUACAACAUUCAACCAACAUACAUGUGGCUGUAUCCAGGACAAACAGACCAGGUAGCUGUAGAUAUUCUUAUACCAUCGGGUAGCCAAGAUACUGUCAAUACGCUUACAGUGCAGAUUGUCGGUACCGAAAUAUCAGAGAAAACAGUAAACGUUUAUGCUCAAAACGUGUAUUCCAAGAACGUUGACAAUGUAAAGCCAACAAUUGAGUAUUCGUUCAAUAGCAACUGUGCUGGCAAGCAGAACAAAGAUUAUUGCGAAAAAACACUUUGGAGCGCUGACAUCACUGUUCAAGAUUAUGAUUCAGGUUUGAAACAUGUAGCAGCAAUUCCGAAUAGGAUAUAUCCACGUACUAAAUACGUAAGUGGCACGAAGGAUCGUGUCACAUUCUAUUAUUGGUCAACAUGCUGCACCCCAACAGCUACAAUUACAGCGAUAGACAUAUUGGAGAAUCAAUAUACUCGUACGAUCGAUGUAAAUGCGUGGGACAACCUAUCGCAAGGAGAAAUAGCAGCUAUCGUACUUGGCGCACUGUUUCUACUGUUUCUCCUAAUACUUCUCGUUGUCGCAAUAGUUUUCUGUGUUCGUAAACGGAACAGUCACGAUCUACCCUACUCACAAAGAUAUGGGACUGCUCGGCAGCCUGCUCGAGCCGAAAGAACAAGCUUCUAACAAUACUUGUAAGAAUCAAUUCUCUGUAACAUCCCCUAGCAUAAUCAACCAUAUUAUAAAAACUGUGAAUGAAACUGCCGAUAUAUUAAUCACAAUGUGUACAUAAAUAAAGUAUUUAAUUAA